GGUCCGAGAACUGGUCUAAAUAAAUCCAAUGUUGGUAGCAUUGAUUUAUUUGAUUUCGAUUUUAAAAAUUUUGAAGAACCAAUUGAGAUCAGUUCUACAUUAGCCUCUAUCCUGUAUCAGUCAAACCCGUGUCAAUUCUUAGUGGAUAGAAGCGGAACCAUAUUUUGACUUAGGGGUUCAAUUGAACCCCUAAAUUUUAGUACAAUAUCCUCAAGAGUAUGUAAAUGUUAUUGAAUUUUUUUUACAUAAAUAUAUUUAAAUCUUCAUAAAAUUAAAAAUUUUAAUUAAUUUAGUAGUUUAAACCCCCACCAUCUAUCUCUCACAUCCUAUAUUUGAAUUCUUUCUUUCACUUUAGUCUGCGAUCUUUAUUUAUUUAUUUUAAUUUAUAUAUUGAAUGGUCCGGACAAAAAUUCUGGCUAUGCUACUGUUGGUGAGAGAUCAUGAUUCGAGCCAAAGUGGGAACGAAAUGCAACCUACUCACGCACACCAACUCGAUUUUCUCAAGCCUAUCCAUUUUACGUUUUCCUCUUUUCAGGUCGGCGAGCACCAACUCGAGACAGACCUUCCACCGCCCCAACCAAAACAAAACAGAACAAAAAUACCGUCAUGCCCUGUCGAUUAAACGGCAGCCACUCCACAAGCCCACACCUGGCUCCCACCCCCCACGCUCCAAAGGAACAACGUGUCCCAAAGCAAGGAUCCCAUUCCCUUCCAAACCCUCCAAGUGUCAUCAUAAAAAUUCCAGACGUCCUCUCCUCCUUCCUCCGCUAACCUAUAUAUAUACACACAUGGCAAAAACGGCCUUCUGUCUCCAGCGCAAAAGCCACCAAAACCUUGGCUGGGUACUCUCAUCCAGAGGACGCUCCACAACUUCAUCACAGGAACCCAGCCACUUUCUUCGAAGCCUUCGAGGAUGAGCCAGGAACUGCCAAGGAGGGCUCUGAACCAGGCCGAGGCCUACGCCCAUGCCCAAGGAGAGCCCAUCAAGUAUGGGGACGUGUUUAACGUCCAGGGGGAGCUGGGUCGCGAGCCAAUUGCACCCCGGGACGCGGCCAUGAUGCAAUCCGCCGAGAACCUGGUCAUGGGCCAGACCCAGAAAGGUGGGCCCGCCGCCGUCAUGCAGUCGGCUGCCAACCGCAAUGAGCGGGCAGGGCUCGUCGGCCACCGCGACGUCAGCGGCCUUCCGGCCGACCAGGGCGUCUCCGUCACCGAGACCGACCUCCCCGGCCGCCGUGUCGUCACCGAGUCUGUGGGAGGACAGGUGGUGGGAAGGUAUGAGGCGCCGGCGCCGGCGAGUAUGACGACGCCGGCGGGGGCUCUGCAAGGCGAUGCGAUUACUAUCGGAGAAGCGCUGGAGGCGACGGCGAUGAUAGCAGGUGGAAAGCCGGUGGACCAGGGCGAUGCGGCGGCGUUACAGGCCGCGGAAGUGAGGGCGACAGGGCAGAAUGAGGUUGUGCCGGGGGGUAUCGCGGCCGAGGCGCAGUCGGCAGCGGACGCCAACGCCCGUGUGAUGCGCGACGAGGACAGGGUCAAGCUCAGAGACGUGGUCACCAAUGCGACGACGAAGCUUCCCGCGGACAAGGCGGUGACUCGGGAGGACGCGGAUCGGGUGAUCGGAGCGGAAAUGCGGAACAGACCGGACAUGGCGACGCAUCCGCAAGGCGUGGCGGCGAACAUGGCAGCAGCGGCUCGGCUCAAUCAAAACCGGCAGGUCUAGGCUUAAAACGGCGUCAGUCUUCAUAGUGAAAAGUAGAUAUAGUGGGAGUGGCCUGUUGGUCCUAUGUAUCUGCGUGCAACUGUUACAUGUAUAUGAAAACUUAGAGCGAGUGCUUGGUUUUUUGGUCAAGUGUUGGUCGAAUGCAGUUUGUGAUGGAACCCUGUUGUCUGGGUGUUGGUCUUAUCUUUGAAUAUAUUUGUGUAAAAAAUGGUUUCGUAA